UGUUAGCUUAUCGCUCCUCAUCCUUAAGUAUAACUAUUAAUCUUUUACUGAUUUCAUUUGAAUUGUUUCCUGACUUUCUACACAGUAGCAUUCUGGUUUCAGAAAGCGAGAGCAUUCCUAACGCCAAGUUUGGCAAGAUGGAGUUCAAAUUAUUGGUAUUUUUACUAAUUAUUAAUUUUGUAGCGAGCGUUAUAUCAGCGGACUAUGAAUUGAAAUUUGUUGCUGUUGUUUUUCGUCACGGAGAUCGGACGCCGGAAGUUAAUGAAGUUUACCCAAAUGACCCAUAUUUGCAUGAUGAUUUUUAUCCUCUUGGUCGCGGACAAUUGACAGUUGCAGGUAAGCAGCGAGAAUAUCAACUAGGCCAGGCUCUGCGUUAUCUCUACAAUGAUUUCCUGGGUGACAUUUAUGUCCCAAAAGAUCUGAUCGCACGUAGUACAGGUUUUGAUAGAACAAGAAUGUCUUUGCAACUCGUCGUCGCUGCGAUGUAUCCUCCGAAAGGUCCACAAGUAUGGAAUGACAGUUUAAAUUGGCAGCCGAUUCUCACAUCCUACGUUCCGGAAGCCGAUGAUACUCUUUUGAAACCCGACUUGUGCUCACAAUAUAAAGAAGAACAUGAAAGAGUAACAAAAUUACCAGAAUUUAAACGCGAGGUCGAAAAAUUCCGGCCACUUAUGAAAAAUCUUACCGCAGUGACGGGUAAAGAAAUAUCGACGACCAAUGAUUUAUUUUUACUUUAUAACGGAUUGACAGCAUUGAAGUCAAUGAAUCGCCAACUUCCCAAAUGGUCUGAAGAGAUUUUUCCUUACGGCGCACUCUUAGAUGGAGCAAAUCUCGAAUUCAAAUCGCUUUUUUAUAAUGAUAAUUUAAAGAGAUUGAGAAGUGGCAUGGUUCUGAAAAAUUUCACCGACACAAUGAAUGAAAUCGUCAAUGGAAAACUUGGUAACCAUCAGAAAAUGAAUAUUUUCAGUGCUCACGACGCAAAUGUCGCGGCUCUUCUUGCAGUUCUAAGUGACCUCGAUCCACAUGUCCCGAAAUUUUCUAGCAGCGUUAUGGUUGAAUUAAUUCAGAAAAACUACAAUUAUUUCGUCAAGGUCCGCCAUUUCCUUGGAAUCCCGCCGACUGUAAUCGAUUUGAAAAUACCCGGAUGUGAUGUCUGGUGUCCUUUCAAUGAUUUCAUGAAACUGAUGAAAAAUUUUCUGCCCUCUGAAAAAGAAGCCAAGUGUGAAAAAAAUACUGAACAAUUCGACUCGAUUGUUAUAAAUUAUGCAAAAUAAAUGUCGUUUGUAUUUUAAAUACACGAGAUUAAAAUAAAAAAAUUAUCGGAACA